UUGUGGUUCCCCCAUUCAAACAAAUAACACUUUUCCUUCUCCUCCUCCAUUCAAACACUUCUCAAACAAACUCACACACACUUCUCUCAUAACCAAUUCUCACACCAUAAAUAUACAUAUACAUACAUAAUAUAUAUAUAUAUACACACACAAAUACACUUACUCAUCCACAUCUCUAUAAUCAAAGAGAGAGAGAGAGUAGUGUUCUUCUAAUAAUAUGGCUCCAACAACAAUAUCAACCACCACACUAACCGAUUUAUCAGCAGAAAAAACUCUCCAAACCAAGUUCGUUAGAGACGAAGACGAGAGACCCAAAGUCCCUUACAACAAAUUCAGCACUGAAAUUCCCAUAAUAUCCCUCGCCGGAAUCUCAUCACCGGAGAACAGAUCCCACAUUCGUAACAGAAUCGUUCAGGCCUGCGAAGAAUGGGGUAUAUUUCAGGUGGUUGAUCACGGCGUCGAUGCCUCACUCAUCGGCGAUAUGACUGAUCUUUCUCGCCGAUUCUUCGCUCUUCCACCUCAAGAUAAGCUCCGUUUCGACAUGUCCGGUGGCAAGAAAGGCGGUUUUAUCGUCUCUAGCCACUUACAGGGAGAAGCAGUACAAGAUUGGCGUGAGAUAGUCACAUAUUUCUCGCAACCGCGGCGGUUGAGAGACUACACGCGGUGGCCGGACAAGCCGGAGGGAUGGAUUGGUGUGACGGAGCAAUACAGUGAUAAGUUAAUGGAGCUGAGUUGCAAGCUUUUGGAGUUGUUAUCAGAAGGGAUGGGGUUAGAGAAAGAAUCCUUGAGCAAAGCUUGUGUGGAAAUGGACCAAAAAGUUGUGGUCAAUUACUAUCCCAAAUGCCCUCAACCGGACCUUACUCUUGGGCUUAAGCGCCACACAGACCCCGGGACAAUAACCCUUCUUUUACAAGACCAGGUUGGCGGUCUCCAGGCCACUCGCGAUGGCGGUAAGACCUGGAUCACCGUUCAACCUGUUCAAGGAGCUUUUGUUGUCAAUCUUGGCGAUCAUGGUCAUUAUUUAAGCAAUGGAAGGUUCAAGAAUGCAGAUCAUCAGGCGGUUGUGAACUCGAAUUGUAGUCGAUUAUCGAUAGCGACAUUUCAAAACCCUGCACCGGAAGCGGUGGUGUAUCCGUUGAAAGUGAGAGAAGGAGAGAAAUCGGUGUUGGAAGAACCGAUGACGUUCAUGGAGAUGUAUAGGAAGAAGAUGAGUAAGGAUGUUGAGCUUGCUAAGCUCAAAAAGUUGGUUAAGGAGAAGCAGUCUCAACACUUGGCUAAUCUUAAUAAUAAAAAUAUUUCCCAACUUGAAUCCAACCCUAUUGAUAAGUUACUUGCUUAAUUAAAAAAAUUAUACAUAUAAAAAUAUAUGCAUUUGCUUUAAAUAAAUUGUUCGAGUUGAUCCUGAAUUUUACAUGUUCAUGUUUUUUCCUUUUGAAGAUGUAAUGAGUUUUAUGUUUUGAAGCUUAUAAAGUUCUCUAAUUAGAAUAUCAUAAA